UUGAUGAUCAGUGUAGCCCCAGCAGUGCCACCUGUCAAAGUCCAUCAGUGCCACCUGUCAGUGUCGAUCAGUGUCACAUCAAUGCCACAUAUCAGUGCAUACCAGUGCACAUCAAUGCCACAUAUCAGUGCCCAUCUGAGCUGCCUUUCAGUGUCAUCCAUCAGUGCCACCUAUCAGUGUGCAUCAUCAGUGCCACCUAUCCGUGCCAGUCAGUGCCGCCUAACAGUGCCAGGCAGUGCCGCCUAUCAGUGCCAGUCAGUGCCGCCUAACAGUGCCAUAUAUCAGUGCCAUUGCCCAUCAGUGAUGCCUGUCAAUGCCCAUCAGGGCCACCUACCAGUGCCUCCUCAUCAGUGCCCAUCAGUGCCACCUAUCAGUGUCCAUCAGUGAAGCCUAUCAGUGCCCAUCACUGUAGCCUCAUUAACGCACAUCAGU